AAAACUUCUGGGGUGAGUUUAGAGUGCCAGGAGGUGUUGUGGAGUUUCUCAGUUUGUAUCGGGGGCGGGCUAGCAAAAGGAAGAAAGGAGAGAAAAAAGAGGAAUGGCGAGCGAGGAAGAUAGUGCGGUGAAGGAGCCUUUGGAUCUCAUUAGGCUCAGCCUCGACGAGCGCAUCUACGUCAAGCUCCGAUCAGACCGUGAACUCCGCGGCAAACUUCAUGCCUACGAUCAGCACUUGAAUAUGAUUCUUGGUGAUGUUGAAGAAAUUGUUACCACAGUUGAAAUUGAUGAUGAAACGUAUGAAGAGAUAGUUCGGACUACAAGGCGCACAGUGCCAUUCCUCUUUGUUAGAGGAGAUGGUGUGAUAUUGGUUUCCCCGCCAUUGAGGACAGCUUGAUUUCGAGAGGAAGCAUACCAGUCUAUUUCAUGCCUGCUAUCACACACCUUAUUGCCCCUGUAUUCUAAACCCUAAGUUUUUUGCAUAGACUGAAUUAUUAUGUACAAGUCAUAUUCUGGAGUUUCCUUAUUGAUUUAGAUAACACUUGAUUCCA